AUGGCUUACCCGACCACAGCUGAGGGACCGGCCGCGUCGAAGAUGUGGAUUAUGGGAACGGAGGCGUUUGAGAGGAGAAUGGAACACCACGACGGGAUCAAGCAGCUGUGGGAGACGAAGUGGAGCGCGUCCGGCGACCAGGCUCUCGCCUCAGGAGACCAGACGCUCGCCAGCGCCUACUACCUCCGCGCGGCUUGCGUCCUACGCAUCGCACGCUUUCCCUACAUCACAGGCUUCCCCUCGCCCAACUGCCCUGUCAAGUGGCGCGCGUGGGAGGAGCAAAAGCGCGUGUACAUGAAGGCAGGCGCCCUUUGGGAAUCGCCCGUCGAAGAGACUGCCAUCCCAUUCUCCCACGCCGCGGGCCUCGACCGCCACGGGAUUGAUGAUACCGCCGGUAUCCCCGCCUACGUACGCGUCCCGCGCUCCCAGGCCACCACCCCGGGGGCUGCCCCGUCCGUGGUGGUCGAGAUUCCCGGCACCGCAGACUGUCCCGCGGACCCGGCUGACCCGGCGAGCCCGGACCGCAUGUGGGAAAGCGUACUGGAGUGGAUGGCUACGGACGGCCGCUUCGACAUGAGCAGGGUCAUGGUGUGGGGUUUGAGUUCUGGCGGGUACUACGCCAUCCGUAUCGCGCACACGCAUGCAGACCGAGAGUGGUUGGACAAGGCAGAUGGGCACGAGUACCCGUUCAAACUUACGCCAGCCCUGGCGAUGAAGCACGGCUUUGAGUCUGUCGAGGCUUACAAAGAAGAAGCGCAGAAGAGGUUUUCGCUUCUAGACACCGGAAUCCUUCAGAAGCCGUCGACACGGCUGCUUCUCAUUAACGGAACUCUCGAUGGACUCAUGCCCAUUGAGGACUCUAUGCUCCUUUUCGAGCACGGGUCACCCAAGGAAGCUAGAUUCUUCCCUGGUGCUCUGCACAUGGGGUAUCCGAUGGCCAACGGAGCCGUAUAUCCUUGGAUGGAAAGUGUCAUGGAGUCUGUGAGGAAGGCGUAA